AUGCCAGCCCAAAUGCAGGAAUUGGAAACUAUGGAUGAAGAUCGGUUAACUUUAGACGUCUUGGAUAAGUUUAUUAAUUGCCAUGAGCAAACAUAUGAAGAAUUUCUGAACACUUUUACUCAUCUUUCAAAAGAGGAUAAUGGGACCAAAAAGGGAGCAUUUGGAGCUGAUUGUUCUGAAAAUGUAGUUGCCGCAGCAAAGUGCAUUCCUAAAAUGGGACCAAAUGACCAUCAUCUCAGAACCAAAACGGCCUUUCUUCAUACUUCAUCUCAGUGUUCAGAAGAAGAACAGAUUGUGAUGGGUGAAAGCAAAAGAGUUGGCAGUUCUUUGCAAGGUGAUCUGAAUUGGGCAGGAAAGGUAAAGAUAGACAAUUUUCUAACUUUAGAAGAUUUGGACAUAAAUGAAGAUAUUCAGCCCCAGAUGAGCAAGGAUUUGCUGCUGCUGCCAGGGGAAGUGGAACAGGAUGUCGGCUCCGAUGCUUCUUCUUACAUUCCUUCGGUAUACCAGCUCCUUACCCCUGAAGUAAAGCCAAGGCCCAUCACAGAUGGAGUUGGCAGACCAGUGGAAGAGCUACUUGGAGAUGAAGUUCAACCCUUCUCACUUGAUGAAGACUUUGAUUAUGACAGUGUGACGCUAACCCCCAAGUUCACGUCUGCAGAAAUGGACAUCCUUAAAGAGCUAUCCAAACAAAAGGAAGAGAACCAUGACACAGACUCAGAGGGACCCCAUGCCUGA